AUGCUCAGCCCUGCGCAUGAACACUCGCAGCCCCCGCGUCGCGGACAGUAUCAGCACGUGGCCGGCUCUGACCCCUCCAUUGACGCAUACGACCCCGCGUCCAUACACAUCGCCUCGCUUGCCGAGAAGCGGCGACUAUGGUGGGCAAACGCCAUCAUCAACUGCCUCUUCAUCGCAGCUUGGUUCUUCUUCGCCAUCCUCCUGUCUCUGUACAACAAAUGGAUGUUCUCUCCGGACCGCUUCGGCUUUCCGUCUCCUUUUCUUGUCACAACCGCCCACAUGUGGGUUCAGUUUUCGCUCGCCGCCCUCCUGCGGUAUGCCCUGCCUCGUCACUUCAGGCCAGACAGGAAUCCUUCGCGCCAGGACUACAUACGCAAAGUCAUGCCCACCGGUAUGACGACAGGUCUAGACAUCGGACUCUCUAAUGUAUCCCUCCGGACUAUCACGCUUUCGUUCUACACUAUGUGCAAGUCAUCCUCGCUAGUCUUCGUGCUCCUAUUCGCCUUCCUAUUACGUCUCGAGCGGUUCUCAUGGCUCUUAAUCGGGGUUAUCUUUUUCAUCUGCUCCGGCGUACUUCUCAUGGUCGCCACAGAGACCCACUUCGAGUUGGUUGGCUUCCUCCUGGUGACAACGGCGAGCGCCCUAGGAGGUCUGCGCUGGGGUCUCACCCAGCUUCUCAUGCGUAACCGCGACCUUGGACUCAGCAACCCGGCGGCAACACUCUUCUGGCUAGCACCAAUCAUGGGCACAACACUGCUUAUCGCAUUCGUUUUGGUCGAUGGAUGGCAUAAGGUUUUCGACACCCAUUUCUUCGCCACACCAGCCGAUACCAUGAAGACCGCCUUCUUCGUGUUUAGCCCAGGAGCGAUUGCGUUCUGCAUGGUCCUUAGUGAAUUCUACAUCAUCCAGCGCGCCGGCAUGGUACCCCUCUCCAUUGCAGGCAUCGCCAAGGAAGUCACCACCAUCAUGUGCUCCGCUUGGAUCUUUGGCGACGAACUCACGCCGCUUAACAUGACGGGUGUCGGCAUUACCGUCUGUGGCAUUGGGCUGUACACCUGGCACAAGUACAAGAAAUCCAUGGAGAAAAAUGUCGCGCUAGAUCCUCACGGGAAUCCACUGCCGGAUGAAGAUGAUAUCUCCGCCAACGGCGAUUUGGCGUUGGAGGGCGGUGAGCUGGGCGAGCGACAGCGCCUCACGGCCGACGUCGACGACGAGCCCGAUGAGAACGACGACGAGCGCGAGGACAGCGCGCCACGGCACCAGGGCAACGGGCGGAUCGUGGAGGAGGAGCUUUUAUUUAGCGUAGUCGACGAUGAGGAUGACGGCGACAGGGAGGGGGAGCAGCCUAGAUCGAAGCCCGCACACGCGGCCAACGGCUCACCGGGCGCGGGCGCUCUCCCGCCGCCCUAUCCAGGAGACGACGGCGUGGAGCUGCACCAAGUGUGGGGCGAGGGGGCGGCACGGAACGGCGGCGGGUGA